AUGGAGAAUGUAUAUAUUCUUAAGUUAAAAGAAGCAAACCAAAAUAUCUUUCUAUUUCUCAACCCUGGCGAUUCGGGUGAAAGUGAGCAAACAGCUGACGAGGAAAGUGUGGAAGACAACAGCGACAGAGAAGAAGACGAAUUAGACGAGGAAAGUGUUGAAGACGAGUUAGAUGAGGAAGCUGAGGGAGUAUCAGACAAGGAGUUUGAGGAGCAGUGCCGUCACUAUAGACGCCAGCUCAUCGAAACCAAGGGUUUCUUUGAGACAUCAGAUAAAUUGCCUCCUUGCGUUUAUUAUGGAGUUGGUUCGCUCGGAUAUCUGGACGAGCCGGCUAUGUUAGGCCUUACCACCCGUGAGGUCUGCGAAAAGUUGACGACAUCUCUAUGUCUCCAACGGUACAACGAAGAGGAGCCAUACUUUGAAUUGUGUUAUCGGUGCGUUUGGCUUCUUGUUAGAAAAAAAAAAACCCAAAUUGAAUUGAAAGGGGAAUCUAGGGUUUACUCAAUACUCGAGAUGGCUCCCAAAUCAAGCGAUGGCGAGAGCAAUUAUGGAUCUUCAAGCGCCGGCGAUACGAAGGAUGGAUCUUCGAGCAAAACCCAAUCGACGGAGUCCAUGGAAAUUUCCACGGGCGAUGAAUCUUCUAUGCUGGGGAAGCGCAAGGUUGAAACCACCAACCUGGAGGAUCUCAAUGAAAACGAAGGCGACGUAGAAGGUGUCGAUGAGGAGGAGAAUAGUGAGAGUGAUAGUGAUUCCGAAUGGGAUAAGGAUAGCUUCGAUGGUCUGGAAUAUCGUUCCUCUGAUGAUCAGAAGGAGUAUAUCGACAAGGACUUGGAGAAGAGGGCCCGUUUUUACAAGCGCACGGUCAUCGAAACCAAAGGUUUUUUUGAGGCAACUGACGAAUUCCCACCUUACCUCUGGGCUGGAAUUGCUACAGUCCCGGGUCUGGACGAUGACCUUGAGGAAGGUUUGACCGUUCGUCAGUUUCUAGCAAACAUGACAUCUCUAUGUCUUGACAAAUAUAACAAACGAAAGGGAUUCAAUGUGAAGUUGGAGCAUGUUUUGAGGGCUAAUUUCAACCCAGGGGGCAGGACAACAUACUACAUCACAUUUGCUGCAAGAGAGUCUGAUUCUCCUGAUGCACCUCUAGUGGAGUAUCAAGCUAAGGUGGAUUGGUCUGCGGGCAAGACUUAUCCCAUCCUUUGCAGACCCACUUCUCCACCAAAACUGGUUGAAGGUAGCCGAGGAGAUCAAUUGAAAGAGGUAGCCGAGGAUAUCAAUUGAAAGAGGUAGACGAUGUGAUGGAAGAGAGUAGUUGAAGAAUUUCACAAGGAUUGUUGUUUAGCCUGCUUUAACGAAUUUAGUAGACAAGUUAUUAGGAACUUGCACUAUUUGUCUACACUAAAGAAGACUGUGUGUUUAUUUUUCUGAAUUUCGCAGCUUGUUCCAUCUUCAGUUAUAUUCAUGUAUAAGAGUAACAGAUUUAAGGAUUAGAAGAAAAUAAAAAUCUCUUGAAAGUUGUUAAAGA